AUGCCUCACGCCAAUGGAGCCAACGGGCCAAACGAGAUGGAGUACAUCAUGCAAAGAGCGCGCCAAGGCAGUCGAAGCUUGCCAUUCAUGACUGACACAUUGGGCAACAGCCUGAACGACCGACUACUCUUCGCGGUACCCAAGAAGGGCCGUCUUCACCAAGUUUGUCUCGACCUGCUCCACGGCUCAGACAUCCAAUUCCACCGCCACUCGCGCCUCGACAUUGCGCUCGUCAAGAACCUCCCUCUCGCGCUCGUCUUCCUCCCCGCCGCCGACAUCCCCACAUUCGUCGGCGAGGGUCGCGUCGACCUCGGAAUCACUGGCCGCGACCAGGUCGAGGAGCACGAAUGCGGCGUACCCCCCACAGCAACGACCGGCGUCGUCGAAGUGCUCGACCUCGACUUUGGAAAGUGCAGUCUCCAGGUCCAGGUGCCCUCGAAAGGCGACCUGGCCAAGCCUGAGGACUUGAUUGGAAAGAACGUCGUCACCUCCUUCACGAACCUGGCGGAGCAGUACUUCAGGAAGCUGGAGGCUGAGCAGAGCGGGUCGACAAACGGCGACGCAAAGGAUGCGCCGCUGAAGACAAACAUCAAAUACGUCGGCGGCAGUGUCGAGGCGGCAUGCGCGCUCGGUGUUGCAGAUGGUAUUGUGGAUCUCGUCGAGUCCGGAGAGACGAUGCGCGCGGCGGGCCUGAAGGCCAUUUCCACAGUCGUCUCGUCCAGCGCUAUCCUGAUCAAGUCGAAGCACCCCUCAGACCCCAAGCUUGUUGAUCUGAUCACAGCCAGGAUAAAGGGUGUCAUCACUGCCCAAAAGUACGUCCUCUGCACAUACAACAUUGAGCGCGCGAAGCUCGACGAGGCCAAAACCAUCACCCCGGGCAACCGCGCGCCGACUGUCACCUCGCUCGAGGAGACCGGCUGGGUUGCCAUCUCCGUCAUGGUGCAGCGGAAGCAGAUUGCCAUUGCCAUGGACAAGCUGACCGAGGCCGGCGCCUGCGACAUCUUGGUCACCAAGAUCGAGAACUCGAGGACUCACGAUUAG